UUUGAUUAAAAAACAAUUCUUUAAAAAAACGGGUAAAUUUGAGGAUACAAGGUUAGCAGCGCACAGGUUACAGUAGAUACUAGGGCUACAUACUUAUCGGGGAUGUUUUGACACUGGUCAGUUCCGUCUCGUCCUAACACUUCUCGUAAUAAAAAAAACAACGGUUUGUAAUAAAAGUGAUGGUUUAAAAAUAAAACAUGUCUUCGUCGAGGCUCGUCCGAGGGACGAAAGCGCGCAUGUUCGCGUUCGUCUGCCUCGUCUGCGUCCUGGCCGCCGUCCUCUACGUCUUCCACGGGACGCAGGUACGGCUGGCCGACGUCCAGAAGCAGCUCGUCGGCUGCACGCAGCAGAAGGAAUCCUUCCACGCUCAGCUUCAAGUUAUAUUCGAAUACAAAGAGCGUCUUGAGAAGUCGCUCAACAAGGAAAAAGUGGACCAUAAGCAGACGCGAGAGUCACUUGAAAGGAGGCUCAAAGAGGAGAAAGAACGCCUCGAAUCCGACUACACGAGCAAGUCGGACGUUCUACAGCAGAAGAACAACGACCUCCAAGGCCAGCUCGAAGAGCUCAAAGAUGCCAACGAGAAGCUCACAGACGCAAAGACGCGCCUUUCGCUCAGUUUAGACAUGAUAAAAAAGGAGCUCGAGACGCUCAGGAUUAAAAAUGACGAUACCAUUGAAGGGAUGAAGACAGACUGGCUUAAAAAAGAGGAAGAAGUUCAGGAGUUGAAGAAACAGAUCGAAGAUUACAAGUUGAAAAUGCUCCCUGAGACGGACAGGAAUAACUAUCUUGAGAAGCAGAACUUCCAGAUGAAAGAGGAAAAUGAUAAAAUGAAGAAAGACUUGUCAGAGUGCAAGGAGAGGGAGAAAAAACCGGCAGUCCAUCCAAGCCCAGUGGCCAACGGGAAGUCGAACAAGGCCGCCGAGGAGGACGCGAACAUUCUCAGGGUUGGACCGUUGUUAAAAUCGUUCUCUUCAACGCCAGGCAUAAAUCCAGAUGCCCUUCUCGGCGCCUCAUCUGCCAAACCUGUCAAAGACGAUGCGUCAAGAAAAGACGAGCAAGCCGCAGUGGCCAGCAUGCCUAAAAAGCCGACACAGGAAAGUGUGAUACCACUUGUCCAGCCGAGAAAGGUUGACGAUACCCUCGCUAUGGGCCAGGGGCAGAUCCCGCAACCUCCAAACCCGCCCAACCCGCUUUCCAACAUCCUUCAGAAACCGAACGUAGUCGAAGAUCCGCCAGAGGCAAACAUCAAUCUGCCUGAAGACAGCGAGGACAACAUGAUAAAACAGCAACAAGCCAAGGCGCAACUGCAAGAGCCGAACCUGUUCCUAGUCGACGCCAAUCGCGCCGAAGAGGAAGAAGAGCAAGUGGCCCAAUUCAAACAGCCGGCCAAGAACCAGAACUACCGAGGCGGCGACUAUGACAAGGAACAACAAGAAGAAGAAGAUGAAGAGGGCGAGCUGAUUGACGAUGAAGGUGAUCGUGUUAAAGACGGCAAGAGGGUCAGAAUACCCCCUCAAGUUGGACUCAUGCAACAGAGGAACGGCGGAGGCGGCGUCAUGGUGAAUCCGAAAUAAACACCCCCCCCUACUACAUACACCCGUAUUCAUUCCGUUGAUCUAAUUCACAACCUUAUUUCGAAGGAUGGAGGCAAGGCAAGAGAGAAAAAACUUUUAGACUUUUCAUUUCCAUUGAUCAAUUUUAUAAUAAACAAUUUUUAAAAAG